AUGUUCACCACAAAUAGAUGUCAUUUGCUAGUAGUCCUAAUCUGCUUAGGUGGAACAAAUUGCAAACCAUUCAAAGUCUACUGGAACAUUCCAACGUAUUUGUGCAAAAGCUACGGAGUGGAUUUCACCGACGUAACUUCCAAGUACGGAAUCAUCCAAAAUGAAAAGGACGCGUUUAGAGGCGAAAAGAUUGCGAUCCUGUACGAACCCGGGCACUUUCCAGCACUUGUUAAUAAAAGUGAUGGGAUGGAAGAACAUUACGGAGGUGUUCCCCAGAAAGGGGAUGUUGAGGAUCACUUGAAGGCGUUCGAGGAAGUUUUGAACAAACAGGUUUUAAAGGAUUUCGCUGGUGUUGGCGUGAUUGAUUUUGAAAUGUGGCGUCCCAUUUAUCGACAUAACUUUGGAUUGCUGAAAGUGUACAAGAAUUAUUCGGAGGAACUUGUGAAGAAAGAACAUGCAGAUUACAGUAGCAAGGUGUUGGAGGAAGAGGCUGCGAAGCAGUACGAACCUGCUGCCAGGGAGUUUAUGAGCAGGACGCUUGCGUUAGCGAAAAAACUACGACCAGGUGCGUCUUGGGGAUAUUACGCCUUUCCGUAUUGCUUCAAUAUAAAUGGAGCUAAAGAUGGGAAGGAAGAUUGUGCCAAGCAGAUCCAGGAUGAGAACGAUCAACUCCAGAGUUGGUUGUUCAAUGAAGUGAAGAUCAUAUUCCCGGCAGUGUACCUGCAAACUAAUUUGGAUCUUGAAAAUCGUACGAAACUGGUCGGUGGUCGAGUAAAGGAAGCAGUUCGGGUCGCUAAACUAACCAAGGCUGAUCCAUUACCGAAGGUUUUGACUUACAUGCGUUUUGUCUACACGGACAAUAUUUCGAAAUUAUUGGAGAAAGCAGAUUGGACCAAAAUACUGCCAGCAAUGAAGGACAACGGGUCCGACGGGAUUAUUCUGUGGGGAAGCUCUGAAGACGUCAAUACUAAGGACAACUGUGAAAAGUUUAAAAAAUAUAUUGAUGACAUAUUAGGACCGAUCCUCAAAUCUAUUCAGAAAUAA